AUGUCAGGCAUCUCCGACGCGCCGUUCCGCAAGCUCGCCUAUGGCCACGGUGCCGGCCUCGUCGUCAGCGAGAUGAUCGCCAGCCGCGAAUUCUGCGAAGCCCAUGCCGAAAGCCGCAAGCGCGCCGCGCGCCAUGACGGGCAGGGGCCGCUGAUGCUGCAGCUUGCCGGCCGUGAGGCACGGUGGAUGGGCGAGGCGGCGCGCAUCGCCGAGGGCGAAGGCGCUGACAUCAUCGACAUCAAUAUGGGCUGCCCGGCCAAAAAGGUGACGGGCGGGCUGUCAGGCUCCGCGCUGAUGCGCGAUCUCGACCAUGCCGUGACGCUGAUCGAGGCGACGGUGGCUGCCGUCACCGUGCCCGUAACGCUGAAGAUGCGGCUUGGCUGGGACGAUCGAUCGAUCAAUGCGCCCGAACUCGCGCGCCGGGCCGAAGCGGCCGGCGUCCGUAUGAUCACCGUCCAUGGACGCACGCGCGCGCAAUUCUAUGAGGGCACAGCCGACUGGCGUGCCGUCGCCGCCGUCCGCGCGGCGACAUCGUUGCCGCUGGUCGUCAAUGGCGACAUCGCCGACCGCACCUCUGCCCAAGCCGCGCUUGAAGCAUCGCGUGCCGACGCAGUGAUGGUCGGCCGGGCCGCCUGCGGCCGGCCCUGGCUGGCGAGUGCCGUUGCCGGGCGGGGCACCGGCAUCCCCGCUUCGGACGCCAUCGGCGCCUAUGUGAUCGCCCAUUAUGACGCGAUGCUGGCCCACUAUGGCGAAGAGGCUGGCGUGCGCCACGCCCGCAAGCAUCUGGGCUGGUAUCUGGACGUCCAUGCGAGCCAUGUGAACGAUAUUUCGGCGCGCAAGGGCACGAUCCUGCGUGAAUGCCGCUUCCGGUGUGCGGAGCAUGGCCGCAUGACCGUGAAUGACACGCGCAAUGGCGGCGGCGCCCGGGCGCUUCAGGUGCUCAACACGAUCCGCGAUCCGGUCAUUCUUCUCGACGCCGACAAUCUGAUCCGCUUCGCCAAUCUCGAAGCCGAAUAUUUCUUCCUUUCAUCGUCGACCCAUCUCGAAGGCCGCAGGAUCGACGAUUUCCUGCCCUUUUCGAGCCCGCUGAUCGCGCUGAUCGGCCAGGUGCGUCAGGAGGGUUCGCCCGUCAACGAAUAUCGCGUCGACCUGUCCUCGCCGCGCCUUGGCGCAGAGCGCGUGGUCGACAUCCACGUCACGCCGGUGCCCGAGGAGCCCGGCGCGAUGGUCAUCGUCUUCCGCGAACGGUCCAUGGCCGACAAGUUCGACCGGCAGAUGACCCACCGCGGCGCGGCCCGCUCGGUGACCGGCCUGGCCGCCAUGCUGGGCCAUGAGAUCAAGAACCCGCUUUCGGGCAUUCGCGGUGCCGCGCAACUUCUCGAAGUGUCGGCGAACGACGAGGACAAGGCGCUGACGCAGCUCAUCCGCGCCGAAACCGACCGGAUCGUCCAGCUUGUCGACCGGAUGGAGGUCUUCUCCGACGAACGGCCCGUGGAUCGCGAAGCGGUCAACAUUCACAUUGUGCUGGACCGUGUUGAAAAAAUUGCCAAAACAGGCUUUGCCAAACAUGUGCGCUUCUCCAAGGCAUACGAUCCCUCGCUGCCCUUCGUCGCCGGCAACCAGGACCAGCUGAUCCAGGUCUUCCUGAACCUCGUGAAGAACGCGGCCGAAGCCUGUGCGGCUGCCGACCGGCCGCACAUCAAGCUGCGCACCGCCUAUCGGCCGGGCGUGCACCUGUCCAUUCCCGGCGCCAACGAGCGCGUGUCGCUGCCGCUCGAAUUCUCCGUCGAGGACAACGGGCCGGGCGUGCCCGAGGAUAUCCGCAUGCACAUGUUCGAUCCGUUCAUCACCACCAAGCCGAACGGCUCGGGCCUCGGUCUGGCGCUGGUUGCCAAAAUCGUCGGCGACCAUGGCGGGGUGAUCGAAUGCGACAGCGCGCCGAGCCGGACGCUGUUCCGCCCUGACAUGAGCAACGGCACGGUUCUGGUCGCCGACGACGAUGCCGCCAUCCGCACGGUCGUCAGCCAGGCGCUGUCGCGUGCCGGCUACGAUGUGCGGGUGACAUCGAACGCGGCGACGCUGUGGCGCUGGGUGGCCGCCGGCGAGGGCGACGCGGUGGUCUCCGACGUCGUCAUGCCGGACGACAAUCUGUUCGACCUUCUGCCGCGCAUGAAAAAGCUCCGCCCGGACCUGCCGGUCAUCGUCAUGAGCGCGCAGAACACCUUCAUGACGGCGAUCCGGGCGACGGAAAAGGGCGCCUACGAAUACCUGCCUAAACCGUUCGAUCUGGUCGAACUGACCGGCAUUGUCGGCCGCUCGCUGACCGAACUCAAGCGCAAGGAUGACGGGCGCGGCAUCGCGCCGGACCAGAGCGGCGAGACCAUGCCGCUGGUCGGCCGCUCGGCGGCGAUGCAGGACAUCUAUCGCGUGCUGGCGCGGAUGAUCCAGUCGGAUCUGACCGUGCUGAUCAAUGGCGAGUCGGGCACCGGCAAGGAACUGGUCGCCCGCGCGCUGCACGAAUAUGGCAAGCGCAAGAACGGCCCGUUCGUGGCGAUCAACAUGGCGGCGAUUCCGCGCGAUCUGAUCGAGUCCGAACUGUUCGGCCACGAGAAAGGGGCCUUUACCGGCGCGAUGACCCGCUCAACCGGCCGGUUCGAGCAGGCCGAAAACGGCACGCUUUUCCUCGACGAGAUCGGCGACAUGCCGAUGGAUGCGCAGACCCGCCUUCUGCGCGUGCUCCAGCAGGGCGAAUACAUGACCGUCGGCGGCCGCACGCCGAUCAAGACAAACGUGCGGAUCGUCGCGGCGACCAACAAGGAUCUGCGCGCCCUGAUCAGCCAGGGCCUGUUCCGCGAGGACCUCUACUACCGGCUCAACGUGGUGCCGCUGCGGAUCCCGCCGCUGCGCGAGCGGCUCGAGGAUAUCGGCGAUCUGGUCAGCCAUUUCCUUGCCAAGGUCCAGGAGGAGGGGCUGGAGGCCAAGCGCAUCCUGCCCGACGCGCUCGAACUGAUGCGCCGAUAUGACUGGCCGGGCAAUGUGCGCGAACUCGAAAACCUGAUCCGGCGCCUCGCCGCGCUCUAUCCGCAAGACGAGAUCACCGCCGAGAUUGUCGCCAGCGAACUGCGCUCUUCGGAUGGCGCGGGCGCCGGGGAAAGCGACGCGCAAGGCGCGAUCGCGGCCGGCGACAUGACGAUCGCGCAAGCCGUCGAACUGAACAUGCAGCGCUAUUUUUCCUCGUUCGGCGACGCGCUGCCGCCGCCCGGGCUCUAUCACCGGGUUCUGGCGGAACUCGAAUAUCCGCUGAUCAUGGCGGCGCUGACCGCCACGCGCGGCAACCAGAUCCGCGCCGCAGACGUGCUCGGCCUCAACCGCAACACGCUGCGCAAGAAGAUCAAGGACCUCGGCGUCACGGUCAUCAAGGGCUGCAUGGUUUCGGCGGAACAGAGCGCUCCCCGUUCGGCGAUAACGCGGACCUUCGGCGGCGGGCACGUCAGCCCGGCCGGGGGGAUCGCGCUGGUUGCAGCCGCUCUUCUGACCGCGACGGUCUCCUUCAUCAUCCUGAUCGGCCUGACACCGAUCCGGCCGGACAACCGGGUCACGGUCGGCGCCAUCAUCGUCAACGGCCUGUUCGUCGGCGCGCUGCUGCUGCUGAUAGGGCUUGAGUUGCGCAACAUAUGGCAGGCACGCCGCGCGGGCAGGGCGGCGGCCCGGCUGCAUGUGCGCAUUGUCGCCAUGUUCUCGGUUGUCGCUGCCGCACCGGCGAUCGUCGUCGCGCUCGUUGCCGCGAUCACGCUCGAUCUCGGUCUCGACCGCUGGUUCGAAAUCCGUACCCGGACGAUCGUCGAUAGCUCCAUCCAGGUCGCCGAAUCCUACGUCAACGAGACGGCGGUGAACCUGCGCGAUUCGACCAUCAACAUGGCGUUCGCGCUCGAUUCCCAGCGGCGCCUGUUCAAUCUCGACCGCACCGGAUUUCGACGCUUCCUGACCCAGCAGGCGCUGGGCCGGGCGCUUCUGGGCGCAUCCGUCAUCCGCCCUGACGGCAGCGUCAUCCAGUCCGCCGACAUCGACGUGGACCGGCCGCUGCCCCUGCCGCCGCAGGAUGCGCUGGACGCGGCCGCCGACGGCAAGCCGGUGAUCAUCCCGCCGGGCACGACCAACCUUGUCGGCGCGGUGAUCCAGUUGCGCGAGAUCGACAAUGCGCUGCUCUACACGCUGCGCACGAUUGACGCCGAUGCGCUCGAUGCGGUGCGACUGAUGCAGCAGAACCGUGCCGAAUAUCAGAACCUCGACGCGAACCAGGGCACGCUGCAACUCGCCUUCGCGCUGCUUUACUUCGGGCUGACGCUGAUCCUGCUGCUGUCGGCGAUCUGGACCGGGAUCGCGGUCGCCAACCGGAUCGUCCGGCCCAUCCGGCAGCUGAUCAACGCGUCGGACGAGGUGGGGCGCGGCAAUCUGGAGGUGCGCGUGCCUGUGCGCGCGUCGGAUGGUGACGUCGCCCAUCUGGGCGAGACGUUCAACGACAUGCUCGGGCAGCUCAAGAGCCAGCGCGACGAGAUUUUGAGUGCCAAGGAUGUCAUCGACAAGCGGCGCCGCUUUUCGGAAGCGGUCUUGUCGGGCGUCUCCGCCGGUGUUCUGGGCGUCGACGACCGCGCACGCAUCUCGGUGGCCAACCGCUCGGCGGCCAACAUCCUCAAUGGCGGCAAGCCGAUCGCCGCCGGCGCGACGCUCAAGGAUGUGGCGCCGCCCGUCCAUGCCGGCUUCGUCAAGGCAAUCGAAUCGCGCCGCGCCGACUAUCGCGCCCCGGUCUCCUACAUCGAUCGCAACGGGCGCGAGCGCGUGCUCAACAUCCAGGUCAAUUUCGACCGCCAGCCCGCCGGCCAGGCCGGAAAGCCGGCGCGCACGCAUGUCGUCACGGUCGACGACAUUUCCGAUCUGGUCGACGCACAACGCUCGAGCGCCUGGGCCGAUGUCGCCCGCCGAAUCGCGCACGAAAUCAAAAACCCGCUGACGCCGAUCCAGCUGUCCGCCGAGCGGAUCAAGCGCCGUUACGGCAAGGCGAUCGCCGACGACGACCGGGAGGUGUUCGACCAGUGCACCGACACGAUCAUCCGGCAGGUGGGCGAUAUCGGCCGCAUGGUGGACGAAUUCUCGUCGUUCGCGCGCAUGCCCAAACCUGUGAUGACCGGUCAGGACCUGCGCGAGACAAUCCGCGAGGCGGCGUUUCUCGUCGAGGUCAGCCGCAACGAGAUCACCGUGGAGCGGGACCUGCCGGACGAGGCGCUGCCGGCGGUCUUCGAUGCGCGUCUGGUCGGCCAGGCGAUCGGCAACGUCAUCAAGAACGCUUCGGAAGCCAUCGAAGCGCGGCUGGCCGGUCAUCAGGACGAGGGCAUUGCCGGUCAUAUCCUCGUGCGGGCCUACCGCACGGACGAUGGCGCGCACAUCCAUGUCGAUGUGAUCGACAAUGGCCGCGGCCUGCCGCGCCAGAACCGGCAGAAGCUUCUCGAACCCUAUAUGACGACGCGCGAAAAGGGCACGGGUCUCGGGCUCGCCAUCGUGCGCAAGGUCAUGGAAGACCAUGCGGGCGCGCUGGAGCUGCAUGACGCGCCCGACGAUUUCCACAAUGGCAUCGGCGCCCUGGUGCGGCUGGUCUUUCCGGCUCGCAGCCCCAUGAAAGCCGACGUUCUCGUCAUCGACGAUGAAGACGAUAUCCGCGACAUCGUUUCGGGCAUUCUGGACGAUGAGGGCUACGAGACGCGCACCGCCCAUGAUAGCGAUUCAGCGCUGGCGGCCAUUUCCGACCGCGUGCCGCGGCUGAUCUUCCUCGACAUCUGGCUGCAGGGCAGCAAGCUGGACGGGCUCGAACUGCUCGAUGUCAUUCAGCAGAUGCAUCCGGGCCUGCCGGUGGUGAUGAUCUCCGGCCAUGGCAACAUCGAAACCGCGGUGUCGGCGAUCAAGCGCGGCGCCUACGAUUACAUCGAAAAGCCGUUCAAGGCGGACCGGCUGAUCCUUGUCGCCGAACGUGCGCUGGAAGCCCAUGCGCUCAAACGCGAGAUCGCCGCGCUCAAGCGCCAUUCGAGCGAUCAGGGAGAACUGACCGGCCAGUCGCCGGCGAUGAACACGCUGCGCCAGGCCAUCGGCCGGGUGGCGCCGACCAACAGCCGGGUGAUGAUCACCGGGCCGUCCGGCUGCGGCAAGGAACUGGUUGCCCGCGCAAUCCAUGCGGCCUCGGACCGGUCGGCGGGCCCGUUCGUCGCGCUCAACGCGGCGGCGAUCACGCCCAGCCGCAUGGAGAUCGAGCUGUUCGGCACCGAGGCCAACGGCGCCGAGCGCAAGGUCGGCGCGCUCGAACAGGCCCAUGGCGGCAUUCUCUAUCUCGACGAAGUCGCCGACAUGCCGCGCGAGACCCAGUCGAAGAUAUUGCGCGUGCUGGUGGAACAGGAAUUCGAGCGCGUCGGCGGUGUCCGGCGGGUCAAUGUCGAUGUGCGCAUCAUUUCAUCGACCGCCUUCGAUCUUGAAGCGCUGAUCGCCGAGGACCGGUUCCGGCGCGAUCUCUACAGCCGGCUGGCGGUGGUGCCCGUCGCGGUGCCGGGGCUUGCCGAGCGGCGCGAGGACAUCGCCAUGCUGGUGGACGGUUUCGUCAAGCAGAUCAGCGCCCAGACCGGCAUCCGUCCCCGCAUGAUCGACGACGAGGCGAUGGCCGUGCUGCAGGCGCAUUCCUGGCCGGGCAACAUCCGCCAGUUGCGCAACACGGUCGAGCGCGUGCUGAUCCUGGCGCGCGACGAACCGGACGACCGGAUGAUCUCGCCGGACAUGCUGCCCGCCGAACUGAGCGAAAACCUGCCCAAGGCGCCGACGGCGGAGGAUACGCACAUCAUGUCGCUGCCGCUGCGCGAGGCGCGGGAGCGCUUCGAGCGCGACUAUCUGCUGGCGCAGAUAUCGCGCUUUGGCGGAAACAUCUCGCGCACCGCCGAGUUCAUUGGUAUGGAACGCUCCGCCCUGCACCGCAAACUCAAAUCCCUGGGAGUCGGGUUCGGCAUCGCCGAGCGGCUGGCCAGCGAGGACAAUGACGUCUCGGUCAUCGACACCUCCCAGGACCUGAUCCAGCGGGUGCGCGACACGCUCGAUGUGCGCGGCAUCGUCGGCCAUGGCAGCCACCCGGACGUGCUGGCUGCCGCCGGCGCCGACCAGGCCGAAAUGAUCAUCGCGGUCACGCUCUAUGACGAGGUCAACAUGACCGCCUGCCAGGUGGCGCACUCGCUUUUCGACGUGCCGACCAAGAUCGCGCGCGUGCGUGCGCAAUCCUAUCUGGGCGCCCAUUUCGGCGAUCUGUUCUCGCGCGACCAUCUGCCGAUCGACGUCAUCAUCUCGCCGGAAAAGGAAGUCGGCGAGGUUGUGCUCAAGCGCAUCGCGCUGCCCGGUGCCACCGAUGUCGUCCAGUUCGCCGACGACAAUGUGACGAUGAUGGCGAUCGAGUGCCGCGAGGAUUGCCCGGUCAUCAACACGCCGCUGAGCCAGCUGACCGAUUUGUUCCCCGAUCUCAGCGCGACGGUCGUGGGCGUCUGGCGCAAUGAGAAACUGUUCGUGCCCCAUUCGGCGGACCAGCUUCUCGUCGACGAUCUGGUCUAUGUGAUCUCAAAUCGCGACCAGGUGCGGCGGACCCUGUCGCUGUUCGGGCAUGAGGAAACCGAGGCGCGGCGGAUCGUCAUCGCCGGCGGCGGCAAUAUCGGCCAUUUCGUCGCCACCGAACUGGAACGCAGCGGCGCGCGCACCAAUGUCAAGAUCAUCGAGCACAAUCGCGAACGCGCGAUCAGCGUCGCCGACACGCUGCGCCGCACGAUCGUGCUGCAUGGCAGCGCGCUCGACCAGCAGAUCCUGCACGAAGCCGACAUUCAGGACGCCGAACUGAUGGUCACGCUGACCAAUGACGACCAGGUCAACGUUCUGUCGGCGGUCAUGGCCAAGAAGCUGGGGUGCGAUGCGACGAUGAGCCUGAUCAAUGAUCUUGGCUAUCAGAGCUUCACCUCGACGCUCGGCAUCGACGCGCACAUCAACCCGCGUGCGGUGACGAUCUCGCGCGUGCUGCAGCAUAUGCGCCGCGGCCGCAUCCGCCAGGUCCACUCGGUGCAGAAGGGUCAGGCGGAGGUGCUGGAGGCCGAGGCGCUUGAGACUUCGCCGCUUGUCGGCGUGCCGCUGCGCGAACUCGAUCUGCCCGAGGACAUCCGGAUCGGAGCGCUCUACCGGGACGGCGAAGUGGUCAAGCCGGACGGCGAAACCCGCAUCAAGGCACAUGACCGCGUGGUGAUCUUCGCCAAGACAUCGGCGGUCAAGAAGGUCGAGCAGCUGUUCCGCGUCAGCCUGCAGUUCUUCUGA